AUGAGUUUGAACGGCUCAGGCCUCUUGACUCCUUCUUCUGAAGUCACUCUGUCGUCGCCUCCUUCGACUCCUAAACACCUCGCCAACAAGUUCUCACCACCCAAUGGAUUUCCAGAAAAGAUCUCUAUAGCUAAUUUCCAGGCUUCACAACUAGUGGAGUACAUUUCCUCAAGACCGGAAAAUAGCUCCUCCGUGUAUAUCUACGAUGUGGCCGAGCAAGUUGGCUUUGGCACGGCUACGAAGGAAUGGGCCAAAAAUGAUCACACAAUUCCUCCUACAGUGGACCUGCAAACAAGGGCCGGUGCUGGACUCUCCCUCGUAGGGAGGCUUUCCCAAGGUACCAGCAUUGAUGCCGUCAAGGGCACCGUUUUGACUGCGUAUACCACUCCCAGCGGUCUCGCACUUAUGGCCCCAUCAUUUGCCCAUCUACCUGCCCCGUCGGCGACCACACGACUCAUCGUCCAGGUGCCCACAGUGACAGCCGUAGGAGAAACAUUGGCCUUCUCACCAACUCUUUCCCCUCUUGCCUCUGUUUGGUCCAUUCUUCCCGAAAAUGUCUCUGUUUUGUUGUCUUCCUCGCCUAAACAAACUGUUGACUUCGCUGCCCUUGCAUAUAAAGUCACAAGUUCACAUAUAGUGCAUCUCUUUGACCAUUACAGCGCUGCUCGCGAAAAUGGACCACUUAUCACUCCUCCCAAACCCAUUUCGAACAAAGGGAAGACUUUGCAAGAGUCCUUAAAGGAGGCGGGCUAUGAAGCGUUGGAAUAUCAUGGAGAUGCAGAAGCAAAGGCAGUCGUUGUUCUGUUGAACAGUACCCUGGCUUCAAGCUUGAAGGCAGCUGUGGCUAGCAAUGCUUCUGGCCUUGCUGUGGUCGUUGUCAAUGUCCUUCGACCUUGGGAUGAGUCGGCAAUUCGGUCCAUUAUACCCGCGUCUGCCACCUCCGUAUAUGUCCUUGACGAUGUCCCGAACACGGUCACUCAAGGCAGCCUCUACGUUGACGUCUUCAGCGCUCUUUGGGGUGCCACACCAAAACGCUCUGUGACCUCUCAUCGCAUCACCCCUUCACAGACUCAAAAAUUCGUCACGUCGGGUGGAGAAUUUUUACGCUUUGUAGAAAACAUUACGCACCUAGCUGUCGAAGCAGUGACUGUUGCCAACAUCAAGAAGACCUUGUUUUUUUCUACUCCCGACUCACCCUUGGCGCACUCCGCCACCCUUUUGCGGGAGUUGUUUUCCAGCAAGCCGACUAUAUCAGCAAGACAUUUGGUGGACUACGAUGUCUUCUCUAAACCUGGAGGAAUCGCGGCAGAUAGGCUUCUUAUUUCGCGGGAUAGAAGCACGGAAAGUAUCCCUGUCCAAGUUGCCUUGCCUCUGGAUAGUUCCAGCGUCGGACACUCAGACUUCCUUGGUGUCACAGACCACACUUUGCUAAAAACUCACUCAAUCCUCAAACACGCCAAGAAGGGUUCGAUUGUGGUCGUGGUUUCUCCCUGGACUCCUGAAGAGUUUUCUUCCAAUAUCAGUCACGAGGUGGCCGAGUUGAUUGUAGAACGACAGCUUUCGGUUUACACCAUCGACAUCAAAACCCUUGCGAAAGGUCUCAGUAAAUCCACUGAACAACAUAACCUCUCGAACGGCGAUGGAGGUGCUCUUCUGUUUGAAAUUGUCUUUUUGAGGUUCUUCCUUGGAGCAGCGGCUUCUGAACAGGCCAUUAAUCAAUUGCUUAACACUGUUUAUUUCGACCUUGACCUUACCGAAUUCUGCUCGGCUGCCUGGAAAGGACUCAAGGCUGUUACUAUCUCUCUUUCAGAGGUCACUCCCAGCGAAUCACCGGCUUUGAAAGAGUUCGAGGCGAAUGCCAUUGCCGUCAAGACAUCGGAAGGACAGACUGUCGUUAAUGGUGCUCGUCUAAGCACAUGGCACGACGCUGCGAAGCACCUCCUCUUCCCCGCUGCAUUCACACCACCUACCGAGCCUGACGCCCUGCGCAACCCCGCUUUACGUCCCGAGGUCCCUGAUACCACUUUCCUAGUAACCUGUACCGUCAACAAGCGACUCACCCCAUUGGAAUAUGAUCGCAAUGUCUUCCAUCUAGAGUUCGACACGUCUGGCACCGGACUUAAAUACGCUAUCGGCGAGGCGCUUGGUGUUCACGGGUGGAACGAUGAGCAGGAGGUGCUGGAGUUCUGCGAAUGGUAUGGUGUUGAUCCAGACAGACUCAUCACUAUCCCUGUGCCUGGCUCUGACGACACUAAGAUGCACACGAGGACUGUGCUGCAGGCACUACAGCAGCAGAUUGACUUGUUCGGAAAGCCACCCAAGUCAUUCUACACCGAUCUUGCGGAAUACGCGACGGCUGAUGUGGACAGAUAUGCACUGCGAUUUAUUGGCGCACCUGAAGGCUCUUCGACGUUCAAGAAGUUGUCUGAGAAGGACACAGUGACUUUUGCAGAUGUCCUGAAAAUGUACAAGAGCGCUAAACCUGGAAUUGAACGUUUGUGCGAAUUGAUUGGGGAUAUCAAACCGCGUCAUUACAGUAUCGCCAGUGCACAAAGCGUCGUUGGUGACCGUGUUGACCUGUUGGUCGUCACUGUUGAUUGGGUGACACCGUCUGGCCUCAAGAUUGGUCAGAAAGUUACAGUUUCCAUCAAACCUAGUGUCAUGAAGCUGCCUCCCGAUGUCAAGCAGCCGCUCAUCAUGGCAGGUCUCGGAACAGGUGCAGCACCCUUCCGCGCUUUCCUUCAGCACCUCGCCUGGCUUGCGUCUAAAGGCGAAGAAAUCGGUCCCGUGUACUACUACUUUGGCUCGCGCUACCAAGCCGCCGAGUACCUGUACGGCGAGGAGAUUGAAGCGUUCCUCCUGAGCGGCGUUAUCACUCGCGCUGGACUCGCGUUCUCGCGUGAUGGGCCAAAGAAGGUGUACAUCCAGCACAAAAUGCUCGAGGAUUCGGACGCGCUGGCCAAGAUGCUGCACGAGGAGAACGGGGUGUUCUACUUGUGCGGUCCUACGUGGCCAGUACCGGACGUGUAUGAGGCGCUAGUCAAUGCUCUGACCAAGUAUAAGGGAGACACUGUCCAGGCCGGCGAGUACCUUGAGAGUCUGAAAGAGGAGGAGCGAUAUGUACUUGAGGUUUAUUAA